AUAACGUUUAAAGUUGAGAUGGUGCUCGUCAUGAACUAACAUGUAACUUGACUGUCGCUCAACAGUAUGCUACGGCUUCAGAAGCGGCUGUCAGCCAGCGUGCUGCGCUGUGGAAAGAAGAAGGUCUGGCUGGACCCCAACGAAACAAACGAGAUCGCAAACGCAAACUCAAGGCAGCAGAUCCGCAAGUUGAUUAAGGAUGGCUUGAUCAUCCGCAAACCGGUAGCGGUGCACUCGCGUGCACGCUGCCGCAAGAACCUGGAGGCGCGGCGCAAGGGUCGGCACAUGGGCUACGGUAAGCGCAAGGGUACAGCCAACGCCCGUAUGCCAGAGAAGCUGGUGUGGAUGCGGCGCAUGCGGAUUCUGCGCCGUCUCCUGCGCAAGUACCGUGAGGCCAAGAAGAUCGAUCGCCACAUGUACCACAAUCUGUACCUGAAAGUGAAAGGUAAUGUGUUCAAGAACAAGCGCAUUCUGAUGGAGCACAUCCACAAGAUGAAGGCUGACAAGGCCCGCAAGAAGGUCCUCGCUGACCAGGCAGAGGCUCAUCGCUCCAAGACAAAGGAAGCACGCAAGCGCCGUGAGGAGCGCCUCCUGGCCAAGAAGGAGGAGGAGAGCUCCAAGAAGUGA